AUGGAGCCGAGGGAGGUUCCUUUGGACAAUCCUCGCGGCUUCAACGAAGCUUUCGGCAUGUGCCUGGCAAAGAAGGAGCACGGCACGUUCGAAUGCGUGAACCGCGCCAUCCUGAGCGCCUUGCAGUCCUUGAACGAUAAGGACAGCUUGGAGUUCGGCAAAGUGAGGCUGGACAGGGCGGAAGGCUACGGCAGAGAUCUCCUGGACCUGGACUACGACCCGAAGGACUUCGGGAACGUCAUGAAAGCGGCGGCCAGACUGAUGGAACGGCGAAACGUCAAGUGGAAUCUGGACAAUCUGUACCCUGGCCUGCAGAUGCGCGUCGGUCCGAUGCUCAACGGCGAAGGAGUGCUGGAAUUCGUCCUUAACGAAAGGGCUGCUUCGUACGGCGACAGGCAGGCUGGUCCCGGUAAGCAGCUCGCGCGGCACGUACUGCUGCCGUUUCUCCUAGGUUUCAAGUUCAAUCUGGCCUCCUUGAUCCCGCUCAUGUUCGGCUUCCUGAUGAUCGUCACGAAGAAGGCGCUACUGCUGACGAAGGUGGCGUUGUUCGUGAGCGGCCUCCUCGGGUGGAACACGCUCUUCUCCGCGGCCUCGCCUCCGCAUCCGCCGUUGAACGGGUUCAAUGGCUUCCACACUUACGCGCACGAAAUACCGAUAGACACGCACUACUAUCACGAUCAUUACUUCCCGCAUCGGCCUUACCGAACGCUACCGCCGUCGGAAUUCAGUCCUUACGAUCAGCACGUCAUCCGGGAAGUCGUCAACGUUUACGACGGCAGCGGCGAUCUGGAGCAGGGCAAGCAAAAUCCGAAGAACUUCGCUUGGAGCAAGAACAUUUAA